AUGAUCAAUUGGGCCGUCAAACAAAAAUUAGAAGAUGAUAUCGAAAGCCAGCGGGUCUUACUAAGCACAAUCGUUCAGUUGUACGAAACUGCUGUCAAUGAUGCCAUCUAUGACCACGUCGUUCCUGAUGUGAAUAUUAUACCAUCUACGAUUUUCCCGGGACAAGAAGAAGUUUAUAUUAUCUUCAGUAAAGAUCCAAAUAGUGAGAUCAUUGUCAAAUUGGCUGGCGAAAAACUUAGAACAAGAAAAUGUUCUGACCGUAUCUAUGCAUGUGACUUGCCCAAAAUCUCUUCCGGUCAAAAGAGUAUCAGCGUAUACAAGAAAGAUAGCUCAUAUCCGAUUUCUACAACAAGAGUUGCUGUCGUUACAGUGAAAGCACUUUUGCAAAAUUUGAUUGACAAUAUGGAAAGUGCACUUGGCGUAUCCAGCAAUAUUAUGGAAAGCAAUCAAGAAACUACCGAAAAACGUUUGACAACUGUAUUUGAAAUAGGAUUUAAUUUUAAUCCAUUUCAUAAAGCAUCUGACGAUACAUUGAAAAUAUUUGCCAAACAAAUCCAUCAGAUGUACGACAAAUCGUUGCAGGGUGAAGAAAAAAGAGACAGCGGUUUUGCCCAGGAGUACAAAUGUAAUGACACAUUUACGCGCAUGGAAGGAAUGGAGUUUUCAUUACCUGAACUUCCUGUCCGGAUUCGUGGUGAACAUCAACGUGUAAAUCGACGUGCCUCAGAAGAAUCCCACAGUGAGGUUGAUCGAAGUGAUAGCAUUCGUUUUGGCUUAUGUGUUCAUUUCUAUCUAUCUAUCUAUCUAUCUAUCUAUCUAUCUAAAUGUGUUCAUUUCUAUCUAUCUAUCUAUCUAUCUAUCUAUCUAUCUAUUUAUCUAAAUGUGUUCAUUUCUAUCUAUCUAUCUAUCUAUCUAUCUAUCUAUCUAUCUAUCUAUCUAUCUUGCGUCACUCUACCUCGCAGAUUAUCAUUGCCGGAACCGGAAGGAAAGCUAAAGCGAAAAGAUAAAUUUUUUAAAAUGUUUGGCAUAAAACGAUCAAGCUUUGAUAAAGAAAAAACCACAGAAAAAAUGGCAAACAGACGAAUGUCGAAACGGAUGGUGAAUGCAUCACAGCAAAUUAUAACUGAUAUGCCACAAUUACCUGUAAAGAGCUACAGGAGAAUGUGA